GUAUGUGGACAUUUAUUUGGAUCACAUAACCUGUCAAACCAAGUGUCAGACUCGUAUACAAAUAAAUCAAUGCUAGAAACUUUUCUCAGAACUAACAAAAGACUGGUGUUGUCAAAGUGUAAGACAAUUUAUUUAUGGUACAAAUACAUUUUUAGCAGUGUUCAAUAAUUUGAACCACCUUUUGUAAACAUUUAAAGCAAUUCCAAGCUAAAGUGAAUUUUUAUUUCUGUGUACAUAUUAUUUAAAACUAAAAGUAGGCCUAAUGUUUUUACCGGCAAAGAAAAGUUACGUAGUUUUAUGGCCACUGAACGUUCGUCUGCAUUUAAACAGCAAUUUGUAUACGAUUAUAGGUUGUUUACGCAUGACCUGAAAUAUAAACCUUUACCGUGUGAAAGUUUCUAAACUGGCCGCGGAGGAUAAUUGCACAUCUGCAAGUAGCGCCUCAGUUUGAGCUGUGCAAGCGCGUGACGCAUUCCGUGGACAUUGAGAAUUCUACUUUUGUCUCUUGUAAGCUCAAGAAGCAUCCAAUGAAUGCGGUGGCUCCGCCCGACGUCAGGUGCAUCUCUCCGAGAGAGAGAGAGAGAGAGAGAGAGAGAACACUAAAUAUGCGCUCGAUGUCCUCAGUCAAUCACUUCAUCUCACUCUCAAGACUAGCCUACAAGACACUCCGCAACUGAAUUUACUCAUUUUUACUCACCUGGACGGAUAUUUAUCAUGGAUUUGGUCUGAAUCAGCUUGUUUCUAACAGGAUCUGACCGCAACAGUUGACAGGAUGAGUUGGGGAGCACUUUAUGCCCAGCUGGGAGGAGUGAAUAAACACUCCACCAGCUUGGGAAAGAUCUGGCUGUCUGUCCUCUUCAUCUUCCGCAUUAGCAUCCUUGUAAUAGCAGCCGAGACGGUCUGGGGAGAUGAGCAGUCCGACUUCACCUGUAACACACAACAGCCCGGCUGCAAAAACGUCUGCUACGACCACUUCUUUCCAGUCUCGCAUAUCCGUUUCUGGUGCCUCCAGCUCAUCUUCGUGUCUACGCCGGCUUUGCUGGUGGCUAUGCAUGUGGCGUACCGCAAACGCAACGUAAAGAAAGGCAUUUUGGCAAACCGUGCUGGCAGUGCCAAAGGGGAUGACCUGGAGAGCCUGAAGAAGAGGCGUCUUCCCAUCACUGGGCCGCUGUGGUGGACCUACACUUCAAGCCUGUUCUUCCGGCUCCUUUUCGAGGCCGGAUUCAUGUACGCAUUGUAUUAUGUCUACGAUGGGUUUCAGAUGGCACGUCUUGUGAAGUGUGAGCAGUGGCCCUGUCCCAAUAAAGUUGACUGCUUUAUCUCACGGCCAACAGAGAAGACGGUCUUCACCAUUUUCAUGGUGGGAUCUUCUGCCAUCUGCAUUGUGCUCAAUGUGGCUGAACUGAGCUACUUGAUUGUCAAGGCAUUGCUGAGGUGCUCGGCCAGAACCAAGAGGAGGCGCGCCUUUGUACACCAAGAUAAAAUGUCCACAGAAAAGGCGCUCUUACAGAACGAAAAGAACACAAAGUUGCUGUCAUCCUCUUCAGACUCCUCGACCAAUAAGACUCUUUAAGAUUAUCCCUACAUCAAGUGACUCAAUUCCAUCAUGCAUGAGAAUAGGCAUGUUACAGUGUUUUAACAGUAUGUGAUUUGUUGUUGGUUUCUGACAAGUUAGCCUGAGAGCAUGGUCAAGCAUGGUUCAUUUAAAAGCUGACAUUUGUACCCUACACAAAAUACAAUUAAGGAGUACACUGCAUUGACUGCAAAAAUGUUGGGGUUGUUGAAUUUUAUUUUCCACAUUGCUCUGUAGCCUCAGUACUCUAAUAAUGGCAUUAGAAAAGCCCAAGAGUGACUCCUAGUGGUCAAACAACAUAAAUUAAGUUCAGUGACCUUUGCACAAAAUUGAGUGUCCUGUUUGUGAGGGAUCAUUCACUUUGUAUUGCACAUGCUUCUCUUUAUUUAGACUUUUACAUGAUUGAAUUUUGCUUUGUUUACUUGUUAUUAUUAUUAUUUUAAUAAAACCCACCCAUCAGCAGUUUUAGACUGGUGGUAGCUAGCUAUAAUGUAGAGAACUGAGGGGGGCUUAUGUUUUUAUUAGUAUUUUAUUAUUAUUAUUAUUAUUAUUAUUAUUAUUUUUUGCAUAUCCUUGCAUUGAAAUACCCAGUAGGAGUCAUAUCAACUUACAGCAGUGACUUAUUAUUUAAGUUGAGACCAAAUAAACUGUAGUCGCGUGCAUGACAAUGUUUCCUAGGCUAGUCGCGCGCCACGUACUCUGUGACACAUUUCAGUCAGUCUACCCGUUGACAGGUGAGAGCGCUGACUCUGAGCGCGCACCUAGAUUCGCGCUUCGUCGACUGUCAUGUUAUAAUCUUACAUUUAGUUUUUCUCCCCUGAGUAGGACUACAAGUCAGCGGUGAACAGUUUUGUUUUUAAUGCUGUGAUUUAACCGCUGGAAUAGUUUCCACAGCUAGGUUUAUUGAUGGAAUCUUCUGCUGUUUACCCAAGCUGAAAUAGCCUACUUUUUAUUGGUGUCAAACAAAUACGUUUCUUCGUAAUUUUGGCUAAAAACUUAACUUUUAUAAGAAUAUCUUAAUAAAAAAAA